AGCUCUGCAAUCCGACGAUAUGGUGGCUCAUUCUACGGCAUCUCAUCAGCCAAUCAGACUCUCAUUGGGUAUGAAGACGUCGAUCGCCUGUUCUCAUCUCAAAUGAACCACGCCCUCAGCAUUGAGUGGCAUGGAUAUGGCCUCUUUCUCCGUUUCUUUGGGUUUCCCGACACACCAACCCUGAGAAAGAAGGUCGAAAGUACGUUCAAACCCUGGCAUUCCCCGAUUGAAAGGGUCUUCAACAACGAUGCCGGUGCCACUGCAGCCUUUGAGAGGGGUAAUCUUCCCAAGAUUGUGUCCGAAUUCGUCAGUUUCAGCCAGGAAAAGGAGAAGAUGAAGAGAUGGGAACUCCGCGCCGCAACCAAAGUUAUCAAACAAGGCGAAGCGGUCGAGGCCAAUCUCUCAGCCCUGAUUAUGGACUUUGGUGCUUGCUUCACCAUCCCUCCCAUCUUUGGACACGACCUGCUGGAUCGCAACCCGCACCUCCUGGAAGACAUCUGGAAGUUCGACCACGUUGUUCCGUUACUGUUCAUCAACAUGCCAACAUGGGUUCCGUUCAAGGUCAUGAAGGAGGGCAUAGAAGCUCGGAAACGGCUGCUCGCCGGCGUUGAAGCCUUUUCUCGCCGCGUCACCCAGUUCCAACAAGGAGAGAAGGUUGACGACGGCGCUGACAUGUCAGACGUCAGUGACGUUGUCCUAGAGCGCAACACCGCCCUCGAACGGAACAAGUGGUCUUACCAAGAACGUGCCGCCUCCGAGCUGCUCGUCCUCUUCGCAAGCAACACCAACACCCAACCCGUUCUCUUCUGGCUCAUCUUGUACAUCUACUCCACACCAGGACUGGUAAACACCCUCCGCCGGGAAGUUGCUCCGUUCAUCACGCUCUCCGACUCUCGUCACAACAAAAAAGACAUCACGGCAAUUGACACUCCCGGCCUGUCCCGCGAGUGCCAACUCCUAAAGUCUAUCAUCCUAGAGACUCUCCGCUUGGCAUUCGGCGCAGUGUCAACUCGCUUCGUCAAACGCCCCAUUACCGUCCAAGACGGUAACCAUGCCCAUAAGCUCUAUCCAGGCACCUUCCUCUCCGUCCCCCACUCCUUCUCCCAGCGGGACCCGUCCUUGUACCCUGACCCAGACAAGUUCGUCCCCGAUCGCUUCCUCGAGAUGGAUCCCGCGUCAGGUAAAUUGGUUGCCAAGUAUGGAAAGCUGAGGCCGUGGGGCGCCGGGGCGAGUAUGUGCAGAGGAAGGGUGUUUGCGGAGAAGGAGCUCAUGGCUAUUGGCGCGGCGCUGGUGAUGCUGUGGGAUAUUACUCCUGCUGGGGGUGGUGAAUGGACGGUACCGGAGAUGGUGGGUGGUCCGGGGCCGGCGAAGCCGAAGGAGGAGGUGAGGGUUGUGAUUCAGCGGAGGGUGUUUGGUGGUAUUUCUUCGGAGUAA